CGGCCUUUCCACUCUCUCUCUCUCUCUCUUUCCUCCGAUACCAAAACAAACGCUCCUCCGCCUCCUAUCUCUUCUCCUUACCAUCUCUCUCUCUCUCUUCCCCCCCGAACUCGUCCCACAUUCUCCGCCAUUACUCACCCAAACUAUCCAUGAAGAACCUUAUAAGGAGACUAUCACGAGUGGCGGAUUCCUCCCAAUAUUGUCAACUCAGAUCGGAAUCCGGGACCACCACCACCACCACGUCUAAUUGUUCAUCAUCAUCGUCGUCGUCGUUUACGAGAGCAAGAAAGCAGCGGCGAGGUGGGGCCGGAGUGCCGGAGGGUCACUUGCCGGUGUACGUGGGAGAGGAAAUGGAAAGGUUCGUGGUGAGCGCGGAGUUGUUGAACCACCCGCUAUUCGUCAACCUCUUGAAUCAAUCGGCACAGGAGUACGGUUACCACCACAGAGGCGUGCUUCGUAUUCCUUGCCAUGUCUUCGUCUUCGAGCGAGUCCUCGAGGCUCUUCGUCUCUCCCCCCAUGACUACUCCCACCUUCAACAUCUUUUCAACUCUUUCUCCGAUCAAGACCUUCUCUAGCCAAACGUACAUCAACAGUAGAUAUAUAUAUACGUACAUAUAUAUAUAUAUUUUUUGUUUGGUUAAGUUAUAGGGAGGGAGCCAGCCAGCCAGCCGGCGUUGGUUGAAGAUUACCGAGAGAGAGAAAAGGGGAGAGAUAUGUCAUAGAUAUAUAUACUCCAAUUAAUU